GCGAAACUUCAUCACUUUAUGGGAAAAUGAGCAUUUUUGAAGAACUUUAUAAUAAAAGAUACACAGAUUUGACAAAAUUGACAUUAUACUAUAUGCCAAAAUAUCUGGUAAAUAGUUAUGUCAAAUUAGACAUAAAACGUGUUUAUCAAAUAUGCGAAAAGGAGGGAAUCGUUGAUAUUUUAAGACUGCAUCAUGAUAACAAGAAAUACGAGAAUGCUUGGACUAUUUUUUCUGAAAUUGAUACUUGUAAAUUUAGCACAGUUCAAAGACGCAAAUAA